UCAACAAGUACACGCGGUAUCGUGCAGAUAGUUCAAAUAUUCGAAAAUGUAUCAUACCAUAUAAGUUAUUAUUACUUUAUUUUAUUCACAAAUACAUCGAAAAAGAACCCAACGAAAAUUUGCGAAUUAAAAAUAUUAAAAAACUGAAAUAUAUUAUUGAAUUUACCUCAUUUCUUUAUUGAUCAUCGUCAGUAAACAUUGCAUUAAUAAAUUGUAUAUUUUUAAAUGAGAUCCAAAGUAAUGAACAGUGACAGUUGGGAGGAAAAAUGGCCAAAACAACAAUCACAAGCUAGAAAAACAGUACAGUCAAGUAGAAAGAGGGCUGAAAAGUCAGGUUUAAAAUUAUCAAAACCAUCUAGAGGAUCUACACCUAGAGAGAGAACUCUCAGAAGAUUGGAAAGUAAUGAAAGAGAAAGAAUGAGAAUGCAUAGUUUAAAUGAUGCUUUUCAGUCUUUACGUGAAGUAAUUCCACAUGUAACCAAAGAAAGACGACUUUCAAAAAUUGAAACCUUAACUUUAGCAAAGAAUUAUAUAGCUGCCCUCACAGAUGUGAUAUGUGCAAUGAGAAAUGAGGAGAAAACUAUGAAUCAACAGGCUGAAGUUGCUGAAUCUCAUGAAUCAUCCAAUAACAAGACUAGUUGCCUAAAUAUGAAUAUUCCAAUUCCUUCGAAAUCUUGUAGUUAGGAAAAUUUUAAUUUUUAAUAUCAUUCAUAAGACAUUAAAAUUUUAAAAACUUUG